GCCUCUGGGUAUGAUGUUGGGUCGACACACAGCCGACAUCUGCAUCUCUGAGUGGAAGCGCUACAGAGGCGGACGCGUGGGUGAGAUCUGGCUUGACCAGAGUGGCCUGGGCAACUUUCAAAUGCUGCCCGUAUUAAAAGACAUUCCCAAGUGCAGUCCGGUGUGGGUGGGCCAGCGCAUAUACUUCACAAGCGAUCAUGCCGAGGGGCGUCCAGCGAACAUAUUCUCUUGUAACUUGAAAGGUGAGGAUCUCCAGCAACACACCCACGACAAUAAGGGCUUCUACGCACGGGAUCUGAGCACCGAUGGCGAAACCAUAGUAUACCAUGCGGGGGGGUCCCUGUACGCUUACAGUAUCGCAGAGGAUACAGUCACUGAGUUAGGUACAAGAUGA